CAAAACAGUUUACAGUAAACUUCAGUCGCUCAUUGACGCUUAUUGUAAAAAGUACUCUGAGUAAAGUCUUUUUGAGAGAAAUCUUUCUUCAAAAUGAAGCUGUUGUUUAUAACAUUAUCCGCUAUACUUGGCAAUUUCGCCAUAGCUGCUGUGCUGCAGACAACUGCACAACCGCCAACCGAAACACAAAGUGUAGAGUCAAAUCUAUACUUGAAUAAAUUGCAGAGCAAGAGCCAUCUCGUUCGGGAAUUGAAGACUGAUCUACAACGUUUCAAAACUGAUAGAAAGCUAAGUGACGAAACUGAGAAGUUGAACGAUUACAGUGCAACGUAUUCGUCUAAAGUUCAAACACUUGUAUCUGGUAUACGUCCUUUAAUUCUCACAUAUCGUGAUAGUGUCGUCGAUGCUAUUUCCGGUACAUAUGAAUGGUGCAGUAGUGCAGAUAUCUUACUGGACGCAGUUCUAAAAACGUUCGUUACAAAUGACACUGAUUCGCGUUAUGAAGUUUUACAUGGUUUGUUCGAUAUAGACUUUGCUGCAGACUUGAUGAGCAAGUUGAAAAAGACAACGGACACGUUGCACAGUGCUUCAGAUUUGGUGUCAAACAUUUUAAACGAAUUUGAUUCUGAUUCAAUCGUACAAAGUCCCUUGUUUGAAGUAUUGUUGAGGCAAGAACUACUCAACGAUGAGAAUAAACGCUACAGUGGAGUUCUUAUCGACACAUUAGUCACAGCUAUGAAAAAAUUUAUAAAAAAUCCAGAGCUCUUACAACAGGAGCUUUCAUUAACCGGGCUUGCGGAUGCAGUAGGUUCACUUGUUAGUACUCAUGUCAACCAACAACAAGAACCCAGACAACUCACCAACCAACAACAAUAUGGCCAACAUCUCAACAACCAACAACAAGAACCCAGACAACUCACCAACCAACAACAAUAUGGCCAACAUCUCAACAACCAACAACAAGAACCCAGACAACUUACCAACCAACAACAAUAUGGCCAACAUCUCAACAACCAACAAAAACAAUCAACCACCGAACAAACAACUGCCGAUGCACAACUUUAUGUUCAAUAUAGAGAUCGCGUCUUGGCUCAAUUUCAAUUAACUAAAAAUUUCUUUAACGAUUAUAAACGUACUAUAGAUAGCACCAUCAGCAGCAUAGACGGGCUGGAAGCAAAGAUUUUGGGGAAGAAUCAACAAUCCUCACCAAAUAACCGUGGCGCUUCUACUAAUAAUUUAAUGAAGAAUGCUGCCAGAGCAUUGAAAACAAAUUGUAAACAAUUUACGACCUUGCGAUUGUAUGCAUAAAUUGAAAAAAUUUAUAAUUAUGAAUAUUCAGUUUUCAAAUGUAUACACAGUUUGAUGGAAAUUCAAAAUUGUUGAAUUUUUCAAAAGUAUCAAUCAAAUGUUUCUGUUUCAUAAAUAAAAUUACACAGAAUUAAAAGAUGUAUA